UUUGCAGUAGAAUUUAUUUCCAAAUUUCUAUAACAAAACAAGUAUUCAUUUUCGAAUAUGUCAUACAAAAUAAUAAAUUUUAUUGCUUUUAUUUUUUAUACCUUCUUAUUUUUUAAUAUUCUACACAAAGUAAAAGCUUAUGAUGUACCUGAACCAGAAAUAAAAGUGUAUUCUAAUGGGUUCACUGUGUCGGUUCCUGAUGAGGAUGGUAUCAGUCUAUUUGCGUUUCACGGUAAUAUAAACAGACCUAUGCAACAUUUGGAGGCUGGACAAUUUUCCCAAGACAUUUUGAGAAAAAAAGGUGACCGAUGGGUUUUUAAAAACGCUGAUACGAAGCUUAAAGUUGGUGAUAAAAUUUAUUAUUGGUUGUAUGUUCUUAGGGAUGGAUUGGGUCAUAGAUAUGACCAUGGAGAAUUUACCGUUAAGGAUAUUCUUGAAGAAAAUAUACCAGAAAAAGAGUUUUCCAGAAAUGUCACUUCUUCCAAUAAAACAGACUCCUCAAAGUCCUCAAGUAACGUCAAUUUGUGUCUGGAACAAAUAAAAACCAUUUCUCAAGUGAACGAAAUUUUGUACAUUCUGGCAAGUAAAGAUCCGAGUGUUGCCAGGACCUUAAAACUAUCAGGGGAAGAUUCACAGAAUGUCACUGCUAGAGAAUUUGUAGUGGAGCUAAUCACGAAAAAUCUCGAGGUGACUGACGUUAUAGUGAUUGAUGCUGAACGAGGAUUCGAUAACGUGAUUACAUUUACAGUAAAAUCACUAGAAGACAAAGUUAAAUUAAUAUUAGCUAGCCAGGAGAAACUGAAAGGGUCAAAGUAUCAGUUUGUAUGGUGAUGUAACGGAGAAAACAUUAAAAAAACUUUAUUUAUU